AUAUAUGAUUUUCUAGUUAAAAAUGGAUGAAAAUAAUGAGCCGCAAAAUGAUACCCCGAGGGCGGCUAAGGGCGGGCACAGAAAAUCGUCGUCGUCGUUGAGCAUUUCCGCCCUGUUUCACGGCCACCUUCACCGGCGGCACGACCUCAUCGAGCCGUCGUCGCCGCUAUCCCCGGAUCGAAGCCCGAGAGUGAACCCGUCGAGAUGGAUAGGUUCGAAACACCACCACCACAACAGCAACAAUCAAUCGCCGGAGAUCCGAGGGAGAUGCGGGAACAUCGCCGCCGGAAUCGGGCGGCAUCGCCGCCGCCACACGUCAGAUCUCACCUACGACCCUCUCAGCUACGCUCAUAACUUCGAGAGCGACGACGAUUCGCCGCUGAAGAAUAGCUUCACGGCACGGCUGAGAGCAGGGGAGGGAGCGACGCAGCGGGCGGAAACAGGCGCAGAUGAUCCAAAUCCGCCGCCUGGAAAUAAGGACGGGAAAAAGACGAGGAGAAAAAGCUUCGAUCUGAAUGAUCUGAUGACCGUGGCGAAAGGCCUAGAGGAAUUGGAAGCAAUACAAAACGCAGGAGAUAGUAAUCCUCUGGAGAUGAGAUCUAUGGCGACCAUUCUGGAAGAAGCGCUGCAGACGGCCGGUAGAUUAUGAAAACACGGCCGCCGCUGCCGUGCCGGAUAAAUUUAUAGCAUGGCUCUUAAACUGUACUGAUAGCUUUGGUCUUCAGGAAAAAAUUAAGUCCUAUGUU